CCUGCGAUACCCCGCGAGUUAUUUUAGAGGGGUGAACAAGUGUCAGGUUACUGUGCGAGCCCGGGCGGUGUCGGUUUCUGAUUUUGGACCAUCGCUUUUUUUCUCUCUUUUCUGUGUGCUCUGUGGAUUUCCAAGGCGCACUCGCUCGCUCCGUCACUCCCCGCCCGACACACCCCGGGCUUCAGUCCGCUUGCACACCAGAGAGGAACGGGUCGGAGAGAAAGGCGCUCCGCGGGGGAGAUCGAGCGAGCGACGCGCACAGGGUGGCGACCAGGACGCGACAGGCACGGGGCGAGGAGGGAGGCAGGGAGAGGGGAGCAGUUAAAGGCGCCGCCGAUCUGAAGCAAGACUCGCAGCCCUGCCGUCUCCGAGCUUUGCGCACACCAGGGAAAACCUAGGUUGGCCGGCAGAAUGUCAUGCUCUCCUGGAUGGUGUCGGAGAGAGGCAGUAGCAAUGUCCGAGUCCGUGACCUACACUGAAAUAAAAUUCAAGAGAGAUCCAGCUCAGGAGGCAUCUCUGGCAGUCAACCCUCCAUCCAACACCCCUCCAUCAGCACAAUUGUAUUCAAAACAGGUUGUCUAUGUUCUGGGAACAAUUGUGCUGGUUCUUCUGAUCAUAGUGUUUGGCUUGACCCUUGCAAUUGCCCACUUGCAAAGAGAGAAGUGCAGCCCUGACUCCAUGAGACACAGAGAGCAGAUGUCUUGUGACCAACAGUGCAUGGAGAAUCUCAUCACAACACACGAAGAUCGCUGUCAACUUCUCAAGAAAUGGUGUGGCUGGAAUACAAGGCCACAUGAAGGACUCUCUUUCUCCCAGUGGAUAAAACAUAAACAGAUUUACUAUUCAUUUGUCCAACAAAAUGAGACAUGGGAGACUGCAGCCCAGAUCUGUUCUGAAGAAGGAGGUCAUCUUGUUGUGAUCAAAGACUUAGACACCAUAGAAUUUAUCCGCCAAAAUCUCUUAGGAAAUUACCAUUACUGGAUUGGAUUAAAGAAAAAUGAGAGUAUUAACCAGUGGCAAUGGCUGGGGAACAUAGCCUUUAACUCAACGUUUUCCUUUAGUAAUACAAACCACACUCACAAGGACUGUGCAAUUAUAUCCAAGGUGAGUUUUUUUGCGGAUGAAUGUAGGAACAGAAGAUUCAGCAUCUGUGAGAAGAUUGAUAUCAACAAACAAUAUUUUCCUAAUACCAUUUGUCCAGCUUUAAAGCCACGUGAGAAAACAUAAUCAUCAUGAACUUUUCUCAGCCUUCUUCAAGUCUGAUUCUGUUUCUUUUUUUGCGACAAACAAUAUUUUGCCUUUAAAAUUUCAAAAAUAAACUUUUUAAAAUAAGUAUACUGUAUUUUUAUGUAAAGCUUACAUCCAUGGACAGAAUGCCCCUAACAGUGGCAAGUCUAUCUCCAGCAGGAACAUUUGCAAUAUUGAUUUCUCCAGUUUCAGUGCUGUCGUGUGUUGGUCCCUGGAGAGCUAAAUUCAUAACAACAUAAACACAUACAGUAAGACAGUUUUGGUUUGGUCGUUAGUAGCUAAUUGAUUUGAGGAUCAUAGCCAGCUCUUUCUCGAAACAAGCAAUGUUAUUGGCUUUGACAACAUGAGAUGUAGUUGUCAACAGUAGCUGGGCAGGCUCCUGGCAAUCCAGCAAGGUGUACAGGCGUCUUUGAAUAAGAGCUCCUACACUGAUCCAAUUAAGCAAAUCAGUGGGACUGAAAAAAUAAGAGUUCUGAAGACACAGCAGCGCUCAAGGACUUGGACUUGUGCUGCACACCUCCGCCCUGGAUAUUUCACUCAUGUGCCUGGAGAUGAGGGGCUACUCCUUCAACAGCAGAUGGCACACUCUGCAUGAGAUGUACUACUGAUCGCAAGAAACCUGCGUUUCCAUUUUUGGUGUUUUUUUUUAAACUACCUCCAUUCGUUUAUAAACGUGAGAAUUUUCGCAUUUUUGAUUUGCUUUGCAGCGUUUGCUUACAUUUAACUUUUAUGUAAUCAUUCAAGUUUCACGUACGUUUAAGUAUUCAAAUAGUGAUUCAAAAUAUUUAGUUUAAAAAUUAAAAAAGUAUUUUUUAUCAUCAUGUACCAUUUUGUAAUUCAACAAAAUGAUACAUGAUUGGAAGGGGUGGAUACUUUUGCUAAGGUACUAUAAACGUUAUACCUUAAAUAUUCCUAAACGUUUUUCUACUUUGCUUUGCAUCAGUCUUUUAACUCCAGUUUUCUAAUUAUUAGUUUUUUGUAAACAAAUUAAUAUUUGUAUUUGAACUCAUAUUAGGUCCAAUUUAAAACUUAAGAUGACCUCCAAGCUGCAAAUUACAAUCCCAAUAUUUUGUAGUUUCCAUUGAGCUUCUUUUAUGGGUCUUUGCAAACUUUAUUUCAUAGAGUUGGUGGGAGAAAAUGUAACUUAAUUUAAUAAUUGAUCUAAAAUAUGAAUAAUGGAUUUUGUGGUCUCUGAUUUAAAAAGGGCCUCCAGUUAACUGUUACAAACUGUAACAGUUACUGAUCAAAAUACUGAUUUGAUGUCUGUAUUUGUUGUUAAUAAGAAUGAAUAAGAAGCAGUUUUCUGUAUUUCUAAGUAAUGGUGUCAUCAAUAAAAACAAUUGUGUAUACUGUUGUGAGAUUGUUAAAUUGAAAUAACGUUGUUCAGUUCUCUAGGAAGUUAAAUAGUACCAGAUCUUAUUUGAUGCUCAUUAGGAAGUAUGAGAGCCAAAGAGAGGUGUCAAAGAGCUGUCAUGCACAUCAAAGGGAGACCAUAAGACAAUGAAUAUAUACUGUAUAAGGAAUUGCAAUUGAAUAUUUUAGUGUUUGAUGUUAACUCACCAAGCUGAGGAAAUGACAGGGCUGGCAAAACCCUCUAAAUGGAACCUUAAAACCUGAUUCAGAUUUGCUCAAUGAUUAAAACCAGCAACACAUCUUUCA